UGCUUUGCUUCCAUCCUUAGAAAUACUCCCUCCACAGUGGGAAGGAACAUCAAAAGACGUCUCCUUUUAUCAGCCGAUAAGCUAAAGGAAAGACUCUAAGAACAAUCUUGCUUUUGAUCACCCCUUUUGUUUCCUUCUUGAUUAUUGUUGUUAUAAUUGCUGCUGAUGCUAUUAUUAUCGUCGGUCUUGCAUUUGCUUUAUCGUUUUUGUUUGCUUUGGAGGGACCAAUAACAGCGACCCUUAGAGGACCUGAGAGAGUGGUACAAUAUAAGCCCUUCUUUGAGUACUCUCAGCAGUCCACACCAGCACACACCAGCACUUGCACAUUCUUAAUUUUCUCCCGUUUGUAGCUGCACACGAGGAAUCACUGCGUUCUUGUUCGAGUUUAGCAGUUUCUUGUCCUCUGAAGAUCAAGUCGAAGUGGGGAGUAAGCAAAUUGUUUCGGGGCGCUAGAUUCCUGAAGGAUGCUGUGAAACAGUGCCAGUGAAGUAUGAACUCUCCUCUAGCCCAGCUUGUUAACCCAAGAAAGAUGCUCAUUUACGAGCCAUUUGAGCAGUUCACCAUGUGGGGAGACGCCUUCAAAGGCGACAAGGUCAAAAAUCCCGAGGCAUCGUCAUCUAUGAUCGUGCAUGCAGUAGAUGAUGGAUUAGACAAGAAGUUUGAAUAUGUGUCUCAUGAAUCGGCGGAAAAUUCCAGUUCCAGAAGCGAUCAGGAAGCAAAUAGACCUGACAAGGUACAGAGACGUCUAGCACAGAACCGUGAAGCUGCUCGAAAAAGUCGUCUGCGGAAAAAGAAAUAUGUACAACAACUCGAGUCAAGCCGCUUGAAGCUAGCACAAUUGGAGCAGGAACUUGGGAGAGCUAGGCAGCAAGGGGUCUUCUUGGGAAAUGUGCUUGACGCUAAUCACUUCGGAUUCUCCAGAACAGUCAACUCGGGAAUUGCCACAUUCGAGAUGGAAUAUGCGCACUGGGUCAACGAGCAACACAAAAAGAGUUGUGAACUUAGGACUGCACUGCAAGGGCAUGUAGGCGACGUCGAGCUUCUAUUCCUAGUAGAGAGCGGCUUGAAACACUAUUUUGAUCUUUUCGGCAUGAAAGCAGAAGCUGCCAAGGCGGACGUUUUCUUUUUGAUGUCCGGCGCAUGGAGGACAUCGGCGGAACGGUUUUUCCUCUGGAUUGGAGGAUUCCGUCCAUCAGAGCUGCUAAAUGUUCUAGUGCCGCAAAUCGAUCUCUUAACUGAACAACAGAUGCUGCAAGUGUGCAACCUCCGACAUUUGUCCCAGCAAGCCGAAGAUGCUCUGUCUAAAGGGCUGGAAAAACUUCAGCAGAACUUAGCUCAGGAAGUCGCCGAUGAUCAACUAGGCGCAGGGAAUUACGCCUCCGGGGUGGAUGCUGCUAUGGAGAAGUUGGAAGCAUUGGAGAACUUUGUGAACCAGGCAGAUCAUCUUCGGCAGCAGACCAUGCAGCAAAUGUCCCGGAUUCUAACCACACGCCAAGCAGCCCGAGCGUUGCUUGUCCUCGGAGAAUUUUGUCACCGCCUUCGUGCACUGAGCUCCCUUUGGGCCGCCCGUCCUCCCGAGCCUGCCUAAGCCAAUCAACACCAGGACAACCCACCAGGAAAAGAACGCCUUCAUAGCUGAAAAGAGUCACCGGCAGGGACUAAAAACUUGCCGCCGUUGUUCUGUCAAACUCCAUCUGAUGUGCCUACCAGUUAUCAAGGACUCUCGAGUUCGGAUCAUUGUGAAUACAGCAAUAGCCGCGCGUCCGAUAAAUAACUAGGCACGAUAGCUCUUUCGGAGCACGUGAUUUUAUUUGUAAAUAUAGUUCGUGUCUUUCCGGCGACACUUGCAUUGCAGGCUUCAUUUGAAUGAAGUUUGCAGUAUGGUUCUGCUUGUGUACAUUUUUGUUAAGUUGAAAGUAGUUGCCUAGUGGUGUGGUAUUUGGAGGA